UUCCAUUCCCAUUAUUCCCAUUCAUAAAUAUUCAAUCUUUUGAUCACCCAAAAUUUUUCUAUACAUUUAUCUUGAAAAAAACGAUUAGAAACACAAAGAAAAUAACCAAAUCCACUCUGUUUUCCCCUGUUUUUCUUGAUUCCAAACUUUGUGAUAACUAUGGCCUCAGUUGUGUGUCAAGGUUUGCAAACAUGCCUCGAGCCUCAAGUCAUCGAAUCGAGUGCUUUAACCCAAAAACUAUCUUCAAAGCCUACCCAAGUGGUUCAAAAACCAAAACUCGAAGCGAAUUCAAAUAAAUGUGAGAGUGUUAACAAGAACAAUGGGUUUAGUUUCUUGAAUGUUCUUGCAAACCCUUCACAAAAUGUUAAAAAUGAUCAAGAAGUUUAUGUUCAUCCAAUGGUGAAGCGCUCUACUUCUGCAUUGAGUGCCGUGAGCUUGGAAAUGUGUACCGAAAGUUUAGGGACCGAAACUGGAAGUGAUGUGAGUGAUAGUAGUGAUGAGUUUAGUUUGGAGGAUAGGGAGAGGCUUAGAAGUUUACAAAGGUCAAAAGCUCGAUUUGACCUCAAAAUGGUGAGCCACAGGAAAAGCAGUGGUGGCUUUCCACCACCACUAACUUCCAUAAGUGGCUCGGAUGGAACCGUGAAAGUAAACCCACAUAGGGAAGGUGGGAGGUUGGUUAUCAAAGCAGUGAGUGUUUCUGAUUGUGGUACUAAGUUUGAAACAGAACGCGCAAAUGGGAGACUUAAGCUUUCUUUGUUCAAGGACUGUUUUGUAAAUGUUGAGAGUGAAAGGGCUAAAAUGAAAAAUGAGGGCCGCGUAGUAGAAUGUUUUGAUGGUGACAUGGAGGAAGGUGAGGGUUGUCAGGGUGCGGAAAUGGAUGGAAACAAUAGGAAAGUUGGCGGUAGAACUGUGAUCCGCUCACUAAAACGCCAGCCCAGGUUGCCAAACUCAUUUGAAGAGUCAAUCGAGUUUGGAUUAACCAAGUGCAAAUAUGGCGGAAAUAGGGACAAAGUUAUGGGAAAUUGGAGUUUGUUUCGAGUAGUCAUUUCUUGAAGAUAACCGAAUGCUAGUGAUCGUCGUUGACACAAUUUAAGAAACAAUCUUAAAAGAUAAUUAAUUGACACUAAUGGUUUACAAGAUUAGUUAUCAAAAUGAUGAACUAGAAAGUGAAGAAAUUGCCAUUGGACUCGAUUCAUUAGUACUUAGGUUUGUGAUUAUAUGGGGUUUGGCCGAAGCCAUAUGGGCUAAAUUUUCAUGAGUGAGUAAAAAUAAUACCCACGUGUAUCAUGCGGAUUCAAGUUUAUUUCUUCGAAUGAAUGUAUUUAUGUCGUGAAUUAUUGUAAUUGUUAUUAUUAUUUUAAUCAAUACUAGCUAUUUGGUUC